CGUGUUUGGAUACCGAGGAACCGGAAGGGGUCGAGCGACCUAGGGGUCGACAACCACGGCGGAACAAGAGUGCGUUUGAGUACAUUCGCGGUCGUGGCCGUGGCCGUGGCCGUGGUCGUACAUCCUCAUCAAGUGGCAGCCAAUCAUCGUCGUCGGUGAAUAUGCCCGGCACCGGGAGAAUGGACAUUGAACAUUUUCCAUAUAAGGACAGGAUCCCUAAUAUCAUGAUGCCAUUCUUGGACGGGUGGAAUGAUGUCAUUGCAGAUGGUAACUGCGGAUUUCGGGUUGUGGCGGAUGUGUUUCAAAUGGGUGAAGACAACUACGGUUUAGUGAGGCAGUUGAUGUACAGUGAAAUCGCAUCAAACCGAGAUGUGUAUGGCCAUGUGUACGGCGAGGACUUGGAUAGGUCUCUGCAGCGUAUCCGUUGGGGAGGGGGACCUUGCGAUCAAAAUCAUUGGUUCGAUGCGCCACUUGAUCUCUUUGCCGUUGCAAACAUCUACAAGUGUGCAGUCAUGCAUUUCGGCCUUGGUUUACAUAGUCGAGCCUAUUAUCCAUGUACAACGGUUCUGCCCUGGUGUUCGCGCGAGACCGUCACCAGACCGGUAAGGGACGUUGCUAUUGGAUUUCUUGGGCCGUCAUACAGACAUUUUAUCCGAUUAGACAUGUCACCCGAUUUUCCGGUCCCACAUAUCAUAUUGAAGUGGUAUGAAAUUCGUAGAGCAAGCGUGGAGGGUUGGGAUGCUUUGUACCAUGCUCGCGUGCAACAGUGGAACAAUUUAAUUGCCAUGUAG